UACAUAACAAUGAUAUCAUAAAAACUAUGGAGUUGUAUUCUUGUUUGAAAUUUAUCAUUAAUUCCUGUGAUUGGGAAGAUUUAAAAAUGAAUACAGAGGAAAAAGAUAAUGAUGAAGAAGAAACAAGAGUGUGUGUACACUUUUUAAGAAAUCCUCAUUUCGAUAAUCACUUUGAUCUACAGAUAGGGAUCAUUUGGUGGGUAAGACCACCAAUCAGUAAAACUGGUAAUACUAUUAAGGGAAGUAGUUUUAAAACUAUUGGAUUAGCUUAUUACAACUUAUGGAAUGAGUUAUCAGAUCAUCUAGAAAUACUAAAAGGUCCUGUGUAUUCGGAAACUGUAGAAUUGGUUAUUUCUGUUAUAGACAAGAGAGCACUAGAAAAUUCUGAAAACCUGAAAGAUACUAUUCCCAGAUUAAAAUUGAAAAAAAGAAAUACAACUUCAGAAAAAGAUUUACAAAGAAUAUGAAUCCUUUGGAUGAGAAGAGUUUCAAAGGUAUAUGGAACAUAAACAAAAUAAGAAACGUUUGGAAAUAGUCAAAAAAGAACUAAAAGAAAAAAAACAACUGUUGCUCUUCUUUGAUUAUGAAUACUAACACGAUUUAGUAAACGAAGAAAAAAUUAAAAGGAUGAAAAGGAAAGUAGCUGUAGUAUAGAGUCCCAAAGAAGAUAUGACUUACAUACUACCAGAAAUCAGAAAACCUGGGUUUAAACGUGAUUAAAUAUAAUAUUUAUAAGUGUAUGUUAAAUAAUAUGUGGUGUAGUUGAAUAUAUUCUCACCUGAAUUAAAUAAAA